AUGCUGUUACACCCGUCACUAAAAAACCAAGAUGUCAAUCUAGCUAAGAUUGUCCGACUUUGCAAUGAACAGUUGAUUAUCGACCCGGAGCAGCCCCAUCUGCGAAUGGAUGAAGCUGCUGUUGCCCGAAAUAUUGCCAGUGUGAAGGAAGCUGUAUUGAAGCGGCUACGAGCGUUAAUGCUAACCAAAUCUAGCGGUAGCACGCACACUUCGACUUCGGCAGAAACAUACCGUAUGUCUUCGCAACAUGUUACACCUCAGCAUUUGCCACCGGGUUUCGAGUCUCUAUCUUCAUUUAUCGAGCUUCCGUCUCUACAUCCUCCUCAAGUUUUUUCUGAGGAUCUUAUGGAAUUUGCUGAAGAAGCUGCCGAGCAUGUAGAGCGGCGAAAUGUACAUGAGGCACGCAUUGAUGAAGAACUCGAACGGUGGUUCUCCGAUCCCAGUAGGCUUCUUACAACGACGACCAAAACCGAAUCAAUCUUGCAAUUUUGGAAGCGCCAACAAGAUGAAAACAACUAUCGACUAUUACCUAUCGCGGCUCGAGUCAUUUACGCUAUUCCAGCGUCGUCUGCUCAAAUCGAAAGGGACUUCGGUAUCAGCGGCAUGCUUGUUACCAGCUAUCGCACUAGUAUUGCAAAGCACAACAUCGACAUGUGCUCCUUUUUGAAUCGGAAUCGACAAUUUGUCGAUGUGGUCAAUUGUCCUCGACUCACAGAUUCAGAGUUGGAACAAGCAGUACCAGCAAAUGUACUAGUUCCGCUAGCUUCAAGUCAAGUCAAUCUGCCAUUUGCUGCGCAAUGGGAACGCGAGAUGGCGUCUUGUUUGUUUGAUAGCGAACUAGACGAGAACGACCAAGCUGAAUAA